UAACUACCGAGCUAAUAGCCAGCCUUGUUUGCGUUACAUCAAAAACAGAGUGCAACUUUUACACAUAGCGACGUGUCAUUUGGUAUCUCUGGCAAGUAUUGGCUCGUUUUUUUUAAGAGCCCGGCCGUCCGUCACUCUGUGCUAUUAACCCAGGCUGUGGCUGUAACAUACCAACAUAGGAUGGAUACAGAGUAUGAACGCCGCCUCCUCCGACAGAUAAACAUUCAGAAUGACAACUCCAGUCCUGUUAGAACACCAGAGACAGUACGAGGCUUGACGCCCACCAGCUCCCCACUGUCCUCCCCCAGCAAGCAUGGAGACCGGUUCAUUCCAACGAGAGCAGGGGCCAAUUGGAGCAUCAGCUUUCACAGGAUCAAUGAAAAUGAGAAGUCACCGAGUCAGACUAGAAAAACGAAGGACGCCUCUUCUGACAAUGGCAAAGCGGAUGGGCUGGCCUAUUCUGCCCUGCUAAAGAAUGAGCUGCUGGGGGCAGGCAUAGAAAAGGUCCUGGACCCACAGACAGAGGACCGGCGUCUACAGCCUUCCACUCCCGAGAGGAGGAGUCUCUUCACUUACUCUUUAAGUGCCAAGAGGUACUCACCAGAUGAUGGCAACAGCAUUUCUCCUUACUCCUUAUCACCUGUCAGUAGCAAAAGUCAGAAGCUGUUGCGCUCACCUAGAAAGCCAACCCGUAAAAUUUCCAAGAUCCCCUUCAAGGUCCUUGAUGCUCCAGAGCUGCAAGAUGACUUCUACCUCAAUUUGGUUGACUGGUCCUCCCUCAAUGUUCUCAGUGUUGGUCUGGGCACCUGUGUAUAUCUCUGGAGUGCCUGCACCAGUCAGGUUACAAGACUUUGUGAUUUAUCAGUAGAGGGAGACUCGGUCACAUCAGUUGGCUGGUCAGAAAGGGGUAACUUGGUGGCAGUGGGGACUCAUAAAGGCUUUGUUCAGAUCUGGGAUGCGGGUGCUGGGAAGAAACUGUUUGCUCUGGAAGGGCACACAGCCAGAGUGGGAGCCUUGGCAUGGAAUGCUGACCAGUUGUCCUCGGGUAGCCGUGACCGUAUGAUUCUUCAGAGAGAUAUGCGAACUCCUCCACUUCAGUCAGAGAGAAGACUGCAGGGACACAGGCAGGAAGUGUGUGGCUUGAAGUGGAGCACUGAUCACCAGCUGCUGGCCUCAGGAGGCAAUGACAAUAAGCUUCUUGUUUGGAACCACUCUGCACUGAGCCCAGUGCAAACGUAUGUAGAUCACUUGGCAGCAGUGAAGGCCAUAGCCUGGUCACCCCACCAGCAUGGCCUUCUGGCCUCGGGGGGUGGCACGGCUGACCGCUGCAUUCGGUUUUGGAACACUCUGACAUCACAGCCACUGCAAUGUAUGGACACAGGCUCACAGGUCUGCAACUUAGCCUGGUCCAAGCAUGCCAACGAGCUGGUGAGCACCCAUGGGUAUUCUCAGAACCAGAUCCUGGUGUGGAAAUAUCCAGCCCUCACCCAGGUGGCCAAGCUCACAGGACACUCCUACAGAGUCCUCUAUCUGGCAAUGUCUCCUGAUGGUGAGGCGAUCGUCACUGGGGCUGGAGAUGAAACCCUCCGCUUCUGGAAUGUAUUUAGUAAAACACGAUCAACAAAGGAAUCUGUGUCAGUUUUGAAUCUCUUUACCAGGAUACGGUAAUAGUUAGCAUUCAUAAGACUUUAAAAGGACAGAUGAUGUGAGUAGAUCCCAACGUCAGCACCGGAUGCUCCAAUAAUCAACAUGGUGCUGAAGAUGUACACUCAGAUAUUUCCACACAUUUACCACCCGUAGCAAGUGGCAUUGAGAAACACUCAGCAAGUUUACUUCUUCAUGCUAACAGAAAUUGUUUGAGGAACUCUGGUUUGUGUGCCCUCAUAAUGAAUGUAUUUUUUUAUUUUCUACAUUUGUUUUCAAAUGUAUAUGGGUGUUUUUGAAUUUUGUAUUUGGUGUGCAUAUAAAUCCUCAGCCUUACUUACAAUGUUAUUAUCCUUAUGCCAAUUACAUUAUUGUGGAUUCUGAGAUGCGUAGGCCGGAUUUUAGUUUUGUUAUACUCAGGUGUAAGUUAUUUACAACAUUUUGUAAAAUGAUAAAUAAGGGAGAGAAUGAUUACAAUAAAUAACAAUUGUGGAUGUAAUGGCCAUAAAUUCUUUAUAAAAAGAAAAAGGAAUAAAAUGCCAUUACUCAACUGCCAUGGUUUCCCAGACAGCAAGGCGUCGGCGGCAUGUUUACCAUACUGAAACCAUUAGAAGACUACACUGAGUGUAGGAUCAUGAAAGAAACUUUGCAAGAGUCUAAUGCUGUGCAUAUAGACAUCUUCAACAUGGAUGACUCGGCAUGGUGAUCAAGUGAAUAAAAAAAUUUGCA